AUGAUUCUCAACAUUUAUAGGGAGUUCCAUGAAGCCAUCAUUGCUAAGAACGAUGUUGAGGUCGAAGUCUAUCACAUUUCUGGUAAACUAGAACUCUUUGAAGAGCUCUUCAACGACGGCGUCAUGAUGGAUGUGAUGGAGAAGCUGGAAAAAAAGAACUUGCUCUUGUUCAGGCCCGUCUUUCUGAUGUCAAGGUUCCUAAUCUGA